GUGGGUUUUCCUCCUUCCUAUUCUUUUGCAUUCCAAGUCCUGCUGAGUGAGUACAUUACAUUUACUUUGGUUCCCAGGCAGCUUAAAAAGAAAAGAAAAGAAAUCCAGGGUCUUGAUAUCCAUUGUUUGAAAGUCCAGAAGUAGAUGCUGCUGAACUCAGUGGGGCUUCCUUCUGCAUGGACACGUAUAGGUCUGUCCUGUUUUGUUUUGGGUUUUUUUGCAAUAUAUAAAAAAUUUCAAACAGUUUCACAAUUGUCUUCAUAUCAAUAAUUAUAUUAUUUCAUAAAUUGACUUCCCACCCCCACUUCCACAGUGUUUGUUUUUACUCAUACCUUUUCACAGCAUUACCGUAUUUUUCGCCCUAUAGGGCGCACUGGCCCAUAGGACGCACCUCAUUUUUUGGGGGGGAAAUGAAUAACAAAAAAUUAUUUCCCCCCCCCCCAGCCACGGGGCUGGGGCGGGGGAAGCCCGAGCUUCCCCCGACCCCAGCUCCCAGAACAGGCUGCCGCAAGGCUUGCGGACACCAGCGCGAAGCAUGGGGCAUCCUCCGGAGGGCGCCCCGUGCUCCGCGCUGCAGGCUGCUGCCCGCAAGCCUUGCGCGCCCGGGGGGACCUCCCACCAGGCGCGCAAGGCUUGUGGAUAGCUUCCUGAAGCCUGGAGAGCGAGAGGGGUCGGUGCGCACCGACGCCUCUCGCUAUCCAGGCUUCAGCGAAAGCCUGCAUUCGCCCCAUAGGACACACACACAUUUCCCCUUCAUUUUUGGAGGGGAAAAAGUGCGUCCUAUAAGGCGAAAAAUACGGUAUAUCUUUAUCUAUUACAAAAACUUUCUCUGUUUACCGUUAUCUAGGAUUGCCCUGUUAAGAUGCUUACAUUUAGAGGUAGGGGGCAUAUUUUGGAUUGUAUUGUUUUCCUCAUUUAUAUUUGGCCUUUUCCUCCAAGGAACUAGUGGUGGAGUGUUCAUUUAUUUUUAUUUAUUUAAUUGAAUUGAUAUACCACCCUUUCCCCGGGGGUCUCAGGGCGGUUCACAGAAUAAAAUCAAGAUAUAAAACCACAAAAUACAUAAUAAAAAUGAAAACAACAACCCAAUAGCCACCCCCUCUGUUUUAUCCUCACAACAACCCUUGCAGCGGUUCUCAACCUGUGAGUCCCCAGAUGUUGUUGCACUACAACUCCCAUCAUCCCUGAGCUCUGGCCUUGCUAGCUAGGGGUGAUGGGAGUUGUAGUUCAACAACAUCUGGGGACCCACAGGUUGAGAAAAGCUGCUAGAGGAAGGCCAGAAUGAGAGACCGUGACCGAAUGAAGGUCUCUCAAGCCCCAUCUGCACUAUACAUUUGUAUCAGUAGGAUACCACUUUAAACAGUCAUGGCGUCCCUCAAAAGAUAAUUGGAACUGCAUUUUGUUAAAGGUGCCAAGGGUUGUUAGAGUACCUCGUAUUCUCCCCACAGAGCUAAAAUUCUCAGGGUGGUUUAACGAGAAACACUUAUUCCCAGGGAACGGCCUUCUCCAGAUGCCUUCUUAUCUGGAAGUCCACUCCUGUGGUGGUGAUGCAGUUGAUGGAGAGCUGGACUAAGACCUUGGAGACCACUCAGCCAUGAUACUCACUGGGUGAGCUUGGGCUCAGUCACAAUCUCUCAGCCUAAAUUAUCUCACAGGUCACAUCCCCUUGAACUUCUUGGGGAAAGGUGGGAUUAAAAUGCAGCAAUAAAAGAGGAGGAAUAAUGAAGGAAUUGGGCCUUUAGUGCUGUGGCACCUGCUGUUUGGAAUGCCUUCUUGUUGAUUAUUAUAAAGGAAUAAUGAAGGAAUUGGGCCUUUAGUGUUGUGGCACCUGCUGUUUGGAAUGCCUUCUUGUUGAUUAUUAUAAAGAUGUUGCCUCUGUUGUCUUUUCGGCAUCUGCUGAAUAUCUUUCCCAGUCUGCCACUGGAUUGGAUUUUGCUGGACUUGUUGUUUGCUGCCCUGGGCUCCUUUGGGAAGAGGGAUAGGGGUAUAAAUUUAAUAAAGCAAAAAAUUAAAAUAAAUAAAUUCUUCAACUCAGCAGGUUAAGACCCAACAUGAAAGAGGUUAAAAUGGAGACCCAUGAAAAAGGAGCCAGGUUUCCUUGAGGUCUGAGGCUGGUGAGGGUGGACAGACUCUUGCUGUGAGGACGAUCUCAUGUCCCCUGACCAAACUGCAGUCUGUGCAGGUAAGGGAACGGGGAGAACCCACAGCUAUUUCUCAAACAUUUUUUGAUGCCACAAUAUUUAUAGCUGUUAAGAGAUGCUGUUCAAGAGACUAGGGCUGUGUGAAUGCUACACCUUUAAAGCACCGUCUUUCCCUCAAUGAAUUCUGGGCACUGUAGUUUGUUAAGGGUUGCUGAUAAUUGUAACUGUGGGGUGGAAACUGCAAUGCCCAGAAUUCUUGGGAAGGAAAGAACGUGUCUCUCCUGUUUAGUGUAUACACAGCCAUAUGCAAUAAAUGCGCCUUAGAGAGCCCUGAAGACCAGGCUACAUACACACCAUACAUUUAAAGCACCUUUAAGGCACACGACUCCCUCCAAAGAAGUCUGGGAAUUGUAGUUUGUGAAGAGUGCUGGGAAUUGUAGCUCUGUGAUGGGGAAAUUACAGUUUCUGCGAUUCUUGGGGGGAAGCCAUGUGAUUUACGGUAAAUGUAUGGUGUGUCUGUAGCCUUUAGGCGUCUUAGUACCAUUGGCUUUAUUUAAAGCAGAAUCAUACUAAAGGGUUAUGCCUAUAAGGAACUUCCAAAAGAAACAGCUGUGGCAGAAUCAUGCUCCAAGGCUGCAAUCUCACUUUAAGUUACUUCCAGCUAGAAACCUCCCUUGCUCCUUCUCUCUCUCUUUCUGUCUCACAUACACAGACACACAAUCUAUCAAAUAGAUAUAGAAAUAGCUCUGCAAACACGUCCCAUCUAGCCACAGUAGGAAGCACCACUUCUGCCUUUGAACACCACUUGUUGGGAAUCACAUCUGGUGAUCACUGUGAGAACAGGAUGCUAGACUAGAUGGAUCACUUAACUUUAAAAAUAAGUAAGUCCCUAACUGGUAUAAUAAAAUAACACAAAAACAAUAAAAUAGCUUUAUGAGAACAGCAAAUCAACAAUACUGAAAGAGGAAUGGUAGGGACUGAUCUUAUGGGUCAAGGAAAGUCUGGGCGAAAAGAUACAUAUUUGCAAGAUUGCAGCUGCUUAGAGAUAACGAAGUCUUAUAUAAAUUGUCUCAAUAAACGAAGUGGCAGAAGUUACUCAUAGUUGUUGUUGUUGUUGUUACCACAUCUGGCUUGGUUUCCCCAGGCACACUAGGUGGCUUCCAGCAAAAUAUAAAAAAUAAUAAAGUGUCAGAAUUAUGCUUUAUGUGUGGUGGGGGAAGAGUCUUCCACAGUGCAGGGGCAAAGUCAGAAAAAUGAAUGUUUUUGGCUCACUGCCGUGUGAUACUCUGUAGAGUGCAGUGUCAUGAGUUAAAAUUUCCUCAGAUCGUUGAUGUGUUAUUACAGGGUCUCUUCAGGAGUAGGCAGUCUUUUAGGCCUCCAAAUUAUUCAGGGCUUUUAUGUGUGUGUCACAAAAGACCUUGCAUGUGGCCUGGUAGCUGAUGGACAGCCACUGCAGCUCCCUUAGUGUGGGUAUAAUAUGCAUAAAAAUACUUAAUAGUAUUGUGAAUUUCUAUGACAGUGGUGUUUUAUCCCUGAAAGCUGGUUUAAAAAGUACAGUGGUACCUUGGGUUAAGAACUUAAUUCAUUCCGGAGGUCCGUUCUUAACCUGAAACUGUUCUUAACCUGAGAUACCACUUUAGCUAAUGGGGCCUCCCGCUGCCGCCGCACAAUUUCUGUUCUCAUCCUGAAGUAAAGUUCUUAACCCGAGGUACUACUUCUGGGUUAGCGGAGUCUGUAACCUGAAGCGCCUGUAACCCGAGGUACCACUGUAAUUAAAAACAAAUAAAUAAUAAAUACCACUCAGCAAUAGUCCCUUCAGAGUAGCUUGACUGUCUCACCUUGCCUCAGGCUUCAUGGUUGCUAGGCCAAGGCUGCGUACACAUCUUUUAAAGCACAGGGUCCUACACACCCCAAAGAAUCCCAGGAACUGUAAUUUAUUAAGGCUGCUAGGAAUUGUAGCUCUGUGAGAGGCAAACUGAAGUUCCCAGGAUUUUUUGGAGAGGAAAAUGUACUUUAAAUGUAUGGUGCGUAUUCAGUCUCUCUCUCUCUUUGGCAAUUGUUUCAUGACCUCUGGAUGUAGGGUGACGACUCACAGUUGAAUCUCUCUUUCCUUCAGAUAUGGAGUCUAUGAAUGAGGAAGCUAACAAGAUCCCAGAGCUGAAGAGCUCUGAGCUGAGGGAGCCACUCCAGGCAGCAGUGCAGACAGCCAAAGAGCAAGAUACCCAGUGCGUUGUGAAGGUGGAAGCUGUUUUGAGACAACGGGUGAGAAAUCCGGGCGGGAUAUUAAAUAAGACGAUUAGAUGUUCAGAAAGCAGCAAAGACUUGGAUGAAAUCUCAGCCGAGGAGGCAAAAGGGAAGGAUGAGGGACAAGUAACCUCAACAGAAUGUGAGAACAGCUCCUACAUUGCAGAAGAGAGGCCGUAUAAGUGCUCAGACUGUGGGAAAACCUUCUGUAGGAAUGCUAACCUUAUUAGACAUUAUAGAACCCACACAGGGGAGAAACCCUAUGAAUGCAUCGUAUGUGGGAAAAGCUUCUCUCAGAAAGGAAAUCUUGCUAUGCAUGAGAGAAUCCAUGCAGAAGAGAAGCCGUACAAGUGUUUGCAUUGUGGGAAAUCCUUCUGUAAGAACGCCGACCUCCUUCGACACCAGCGCAAUCAUACAGGGGAGAAACCGUAUCAGUGCUCCGUGUGCGGGAGAAGCUUCAGCAUGAAUUCUGACUUUAUUAUACAUUUCAGAACCCACACGGGAGAGAAGCAACAUGAAUGCUCAGAGUGCGGCAAAAGCUUCAAUAAGAAAUGUAACCUGGUUGCACAUGCCAGGACCCAUACCGGGGAGAAACCGUACAAAUGCUCAGAGUGCGAGAAAUCUUUCUCUACAAACUCGGAAGUCUUUAAACAUUACAGAACCCACUCAGAAAACAAACCUUAUGACUGCUGGAACUGUGGCAAGAGGUUCAGGCAGGAAUCACAUUUAGCCACACAUAGGAGAAUCCACACUGGGGAGAAGCCAUACGAAUGCUCGGGCUGUGGGCAGAAAUUUACUCGGAAAGGAAACCUUGCUCUUCACGAGAGAAUCCACACAGAAGAGAAACCAUACAAAUGCUUGGAAUGCGGCAAAUCGUUCCAAGCAAACUACAAACUUAUUGCACAUCAGAGACUCCAUGCAGGAGAGGCUCCAUACGAAUGUCCGGACUGUGGCAAAAGCUUCAUCCGAAAAGGGAGACUCACAGCACACCUACAGUUCCACUCAGAGAAGAAACCAUAUGAAUGUUUGGAUUGUGGGAAAUCCUUUGUUAUGAACUCCGAUCUCCUUAGACAUCAGAGAACCCACACGGGCGAGAAACCAUAUGAAUGCUCAGACUGUAAGAAAAGCUUUAGCCGGAAAGAUGGCCUUCUCAAACAUAUAAUCAUCCAUUCAGGGGAGCAAUCGCAGACAUAUGAGAAACCCUAUGGAUGCUUGCACUGCGGCAGAAGCUACAAUUACAAGCAAAAUCUCAUUAUCCAUAUGAGAAACCAUAGCGGACAAAAGCCCUAUCGGUGUUCAGACUGCAAUAAGGCCUUUAAUACAAACUCCGAGCUUACUAAACAUCGGAGAAUGCACACAGGAGAGAAACCGUACAAGUGCUCUGAGUGCGGGAAAAGCUUCAGCCAGAAAGGAGACCUCAUUGUCCAUGUGAGGAUCCACACAGGGGAGAAACCAUAUAAAUGUACCGACUGCGGCAAAUGUUUUAGCCUUAGUUACCUUGUGAUCCGCCACCAGCAAAUGCACACAGGGGAGAAACCAUUUCUGUGUUCUGAAUGCGGGAAAUGUUUUGGUAUACGCUCAAAACUUGCUCGGCACCAGUUGACUCACACAGGAGAAAAACCAUACAAGUGCCUGGACUGUGGUCAGUGUUUCACUCGUAAAACGAACCUUUUCAAACAUAUGGCAGCCCAUUCAGUGAAGAAGCCAUAGAAAUCCCCUGGAGCAGGCGUUGGGUUAGUCCAUGAUUGCUAUAGUUGUAUUCCUCACAAGUGAAUGCACACAGAGCAAAGCAAUUCGUAUUAAUUUUCCUAAUGGGAAAAAAGUUUCAAUCUCUCAUCAGCCUCAAAGUAGCUUAUAUGGCACAGUUAAUUUUCUAAGAGCAAUAAGAUCCUUCAGGAAGCACUUAAUAAGCAAGGGUCAAUUAAGGAAUUGUGUACUCAAAAGGGAGGUAAUUGAAAUACAGAGCAUAAUCAUAAUAAAAUACAGUCGUACCUUGGAAGUCGAAAGGAAUCCAUUCCAGAAGACCGUUUGACUUCCAAAUCGUUUGGAAACCAAAGCGCGGCUUCUGAUUGGCUGCAGGAACUUCCUGCAGCCAAUCGAAAGCCCCGUUGGAUGUUCGGGUUCCAAAGAAUGUUUGGAACACUCCAAAGAAAACUGGAACACUCACUUCCGGGUUUGUGGCAUUCGGGAGCCAAAACGUCCGAGUACCAAGGCAUUUGGGAUCCAAGGUACAACUGUAUGUUCUAUAAUGAUGAAAUUAUAGACCUUAAAACUGAAAUAUUUGUGUGAAAAUGAGAGUUAUUCAGCAGGGACUAGCUUUGGAAGGCUACAAAUGGAUCUGGGCUAGGAGACCACCACAAAUUAUAUCUGUAGAUUGGAAGGAAUAUACAUAUAUAUCAAUACAGUGUGCAAUAUCAACAGUAUCUGAUUCUUUAUUGACUUUCUCAUACACACACAUACUGCACAGGAUAUAUGUUGAAGAUAUGGUGGUCAACAUGCAGGUUGUUUACGUAUAUUUUUGAGUUAACUGGUAAUUCAAACUUACUGCUUUACUGCCCAAAAUGUUAUCUUAGAAUGACCGGGUAUUUAUUACCAAAUGAGCCAAUAAUAUUAUUACAGUAUUGAGCUAUUUACAAGGGUUAAUAGUGGAGAUGGAUCUGGCUCUGGUUUCGUAUUUGCUGAAAGCAGCAAAAAGAAUAAUUGCUAAAGCGUGGAAGACGAAAUUGGCACCAUCGAUUCUGACUGGUCUGGAAAGUUAGUGAAUAUCGUAAUACUAUUAUUACCGGUCAUUUAUUACUUGCUCUUCACCAGCAGGACCAAGGGUAGGUUACAACAAUUUAAAAUUCUGAAAAACAGUCAAAACAGAUUGCAAUCACAGGAGUAGGGAAAAACACAUUUUGAGUGUCCAAGGCUGGUGUAAAGAGAUGGUAAGGAAAUACAUGAACAAACAUUUAUAAAGAAAAAGGGCUCCUCCCAGAAAGAAGAGGGCAAGGAGAAAAAGGAAGUGCAAAGCCCGCUGAGGGGAAGUUAGAGCUGGUCCUCUCCCCAACCAGGGCUGGAUUAACCAUUAAGCAAAAUAAGGCCAUGCUUAGGGCAUCAAGGUUAGAGAGGCAUUACAGAAAUUUUCCAUUGCUGGAUUUACCAUGGGCCAUAUGAGGCAGCUGAACCAGGUUCCACAAAGAAGGCU